AUGACCAACCAAGCAGCAUGGCUCGAUGGCACUGGCCAAACCUUUCGCGUCGGAUCAGCAGAAAUGCCCAACAUCGACGCCAACGAGGUGCUCAUCAAGAAUUGUGCCAUCGCAAUCAACCCUAUUGACUGGAAAGUCCGCGAUUAUGGCUGGCUCAUCAAACACUGGCCGACCAUUCUCGGAAGCGACGCCGCUGGCGUGGUCAUUGACGUUGGCAGCGAAGUGCACAACUUCAAGAAAGGUGACCGCGUUAUUGGUCAUGGCAUCAGCAUGAUUUCUCAGAAACCUAAGCACGGUACCUUUCAGCAUUACGUUGCCUUCGAAGCGCCAAAAGUGGCUAAGAUCCCAGAUUCAAUGUCUUUCAACGAUGCCUGCGUCCUUCCUCUUGCUUUUGAUACGGCGGCAACAGGACUCUUCAAAGACCAUGAUAAAGGCUACCUUGGACUCGAAUUCCCGAGUAUCUCAGCAAACCCUAGCGACAAAAAGCUCAUCAUCUACGGAGGCAGCUCCUCUGUCGGUGCGCUUGCUAUUCAACUGGCUGUGGCUGCAGGUGCCUAUGUUGUUGCAAUUGCCUCUAGGAAGAAUUUCGACUUCUGCCGCUCGUGUGGAGCUCAUGAGGUUUUUGACUACAACGAUCCCACGGUGGUAGACGAAGUUGUUCAAGCCGUGAAAUCGGGGAAACCAACCGACUUUGUUGGUAUUUUUGAUACCAUUUCCCAAGAAGAGAGCUAUAAGAUUGUUGUGCCGAUUCUGGAGAGGCUGGGUUCUGGUAAUUUGGCUACUGUGCUUGGUGGGCCCAGCAAUCUUCCUGCGGGAUCAAAGACAGCUUAUGUUGAGGGAAUCAAUGAUUAUGUUGAUCUUCUUCGUGGGAAAUUUAUGACUCCUGCGCUUGAGCAAGGCAUACUCAAGUGUCUUCCAAAACCCUUCGUCGUUGGAAAAGGGUUAGAAAGUGUUGAGAAGGGCUGCCUGGAGAACAAAAAGGGUGUCAGCGCUAAGAAGGUCGUCAUCGAGCUUGAAGUAGAAUAA